GAAUUACUCCCAGUGGGCCAUGCCUUUUGGCAUUUCCAUGGACAGGCAGCCUUGUUAAUUCAGAUCUAAAUUCAAAGUUAAUGGUGUAUAUUAUUCAAUUUAGCAGUGAUCAGUCCUAGCCCCAAAAUGGCCUCCGGCAUUCCCUUGUGUAGCGAAUGCAAGCACGUCUUUGACCAGAUCCGGCGAUUGAAGCAACACCGCUAUGCCAUCUUUGUCAUUGAGAAUGAGCGCCGGAUCCGGGUGGAAUGGCUGGGGGCACGAGAUUCCACCUACGAUGAGUUCCUGCAGGAUCUAUGCCGUGCUGGGCCGGACCAGUGCCGCUAUGCGGUCUUCGAUUUUGCCUAUAGGCAGCAAUACCUGGGCACUUCGGGUUCGCGCCUGAGGGAGAAGCUUUUCCUUAUGCUCUGGUGUCCAACACAGGCUCAAAUCAAGGACAAAAUGCUGUACUCCAGUACAUUUUGGAUGCUCAAGCAGGAAUUCGAUGGCGUUGGCAAAUGCAUUCAGGCCACCGAAAUGGAGGAUAUAGUUCGUGACAAGCUGGAGAAUGCCCUGUUCUUGGAAAGGGAAGAGUCACAGUCCGCAAAAGCUGACCUCUAAAGUUUCUGCGUGUCCACUUGGACCGGUGAGUGUCGCUUUCCGGUUGCCAUGCUGUUGGCCAGAUUUAAUUUGAUUUUUGGGCCCGGCAUCUAAUGAGGCCCAUUUGGCAUAUGGAUGACUUCAGACUUCGAGACUCGUGGCACCCGGCUCCCGGCUCCCGGCUCCUCCUUUUGAGUCAAGUAUCGGGCUGUAAUUUGUUUUGUCUCCACCUCUCGCCCCCUCACACCAAGCUUCCUUUUCUCAUUAUCUGCGACCGAGACUAAAAAUACUUUGCUCAGUUUGGCGCGAGGGCAAAGUUUUGGCAUUCCGACUUUUUUAUCUCAUCCAUAAAUCAGGACCAAGUUGAGAGAGAAAAGCGCUUGUCCUGGGGCGUCGCCGCGGCUUUCCAUAUCAUUUGGCAGCAGUCGGAAAUUAAUCAAAUUGACGAGGAGCACGUCACCAGGCACAAUUGCUACACUUCAAACAGGAUUUCGAAUUUAAUGUGCUGAGCAUCGCAUCGCAUCGCAUCGCAUCGAUUCGGCAACCAAUUGGAAAUGUUAAUGCGAAUGGAAAUGGAAAAUGGAACCGAAUCAAAAUGAAAAUGAAUGAAAAUGAGCAUCGCAACCCUUUGCUGAUGUGAUGCAUUGAUGUGCAACUUUUGCAGGAAGGACUUGGGGUAAUUUAAUCGGCCAGAAGAAGCAGCGAGAACAAUGACAAGGACAUUGCAAGAACUCCAAAGAAAACCAGUAAACAGACAGGAAGUAGAAAGCUCGAACAAAGAAAGGCUGGAAAACUGGAGUGAAAGUUUCCUAAAUGAAGCGAGUGAAACCUAAACAGAAAGAUAUAAAAAGAAGAACCUCAAAGAGAUGCAGUCAUAAAUUUGGCCAAGCUCCUUCGUCCUUUUUUUUUGUUGUUCGCAACAAAUGCGGAUGGAUGUGGCAUACACACACACACACCCCAACAGACAAUACACACACACGCACACCCACUGGUGAGUGUAAAAAUCAAAGAAAAGCGUGGCAAUACGAGGCAAAAGAAAAAGGCAAAGCAAAUAACAAAACAGAGGAAAAGCGAAACGCAAAAUCCACGCAAAUCUAGUGGAAAAUUAAAAUUUUGCCAAUUUAUGCGUGCAACAGGGAAGGAGAGGGUCAAUACACGGCAAGAAAAUUAACAGUAUAUUCAAAUAACAAAAUAAAAGAGAAUUUGGCUGUAAUAUAAAUUAAUAAUAAAGAAUAUGAAGGCUAGUCCAAAGGCA